AUGUCCUUUUCAGCUGUCAAUUAUUUGAAUUAUAUUAGUAAACAAAUAAAUAUAUAUGUUGGAACAUUCGUUUAUAUUUUUGGUAAUAUUAAUAAUAUUUUAUGUUUUAUUAUCUUUCUUUCAACAAAACGUUUAACAAAAAAUGCGUCAUCAAUUUAUCUUAUUGCAGUAUCAAUUGCUAAUUUAGUUAUAUUGAAUACUUCGUUUCUUUCUCGUGUCAUUUUACCAACAAAUUUUAAUUUAGAUCCAGUAUUAAUAUCAUCGACAUGGUGUAAAUUACGUCAAUACUUCGGACAUGUAUCAGCAACUUUUUCUCUUUUUUGUACUAGUUGGGCAAUGAUUGAUCAAUAUUUAUUAACUUCGAAAAAUAUUUAUUUUCGUCAAUUUUCAACUCCUAAAAAUGCUUAUUAUGUAAUUUUGUCUACUCUUAUGUUUUCAAUUUUACAUAGUACACCAUUAAUUAUUUAUAAUCAAUUGAAUAUUUCUUCAUUAACUAACAUAACUUCGUGUUCACUUUCUAGUAAUAUGAUUUAUCAAAAUUAUGUUGCAUAUUUUGUUUUACCAUUUAUACUUGGUUUUAUUCCUGGCAUUAUUACAAUUAUCUUUACUAUAUUAACAUAUUCAAAUAUUAAUAGUCUUCAUCGACAAGAGAUGCGAACACAAAUUCAACAACAAUUAACAAAAAUGGUUAUCGGUCAAAAUAUACUUUUUCUAAUUGAUAAUAUUGCAUAUACUGGUCAAAAUAUUUAUACUUUAUUAACUGUAUCAAAAUCUAAAGCGGAUUCUUAUCUAGCAUAUGAAAAUAUUGGCCUUACCAUUAUCAAUAUAUUUGGUUAUGCUGGUUAUACAUUUAGUUUCAUCAUCUAUAUAGUAGUUUCUUCAUCAAUUCGAAAACAUUUUAAAGAAUUGAUUAAAAAAUUCUUAAAUUAUCUUAUGUGUCACCAAUAG